AUGAAUCACAUAAAAGCUUUAUUUUAUAAAAACCAAACUAGUAGAAACUUGUUUUUUUCUUUAAAUAAAAAUGUUAAUAAUAUAUUAAAAAGGAAUAUGAGUUCUAAUAAAAAAAAUUCAAAGGAUUGUGAUGCUAAUGUAGAAAAUUUAGCUACCAAUUUGCCCAAAGGUAUAAGAAUACCUAUAAUGAAAUAUCUAUAUGGUACUAUAUUUUUAAUGGCUUUUGUUCCAAUUUGCCAAUCACUUUACGAGACCAAUAAAUAUUAUAGUGAAAAUAAACAUUUAUAUGAGAAGGAAAAAAAUUAA